GUCGCCACAGCAGAUGCAGCUCCGUACACCGAAGAGAACUCUAGAUGGAAUGUGAACUUCGAGCGGCAACACGUACCAGAGAGGUACCACGGAAAAUGGGAAGGUCCAGUCACCGACGCCGACGAGAAGGGGGCUGCAUCCAUCUUGCUCAACAGAAGCGUGUCUGUGCCUUCUGGCCAUCGACCAUGCCGCAGGCCGCGAGUUCCUCCACUCCUUGCAGAAGUGCCAUGGCCGGUUGUGCCUGGCACGCUGCCUUGCCCAUGGAAGCUGCGAGGCGAAGUGGCCGUCACCUCACAAGAGGUACGCUUACGCUUGAGCCUAUCUGAAUUGACGCGUCUUCAGUUCCUUUGCCAUCGCUGCAAGUUCGCGUCGCAGCUCGUGGGGUUCUCCACUGAGGCUCGGCUGGCCGGGGUCGACUUGCGAAGCCCAGCGGGUUCCAUUUCCGUGUCUGACGAGGUGCCUGCAACCAGGCUUUUCUAUGCACUUCCUGAACAUGGGACUCUGUCCAGCUGUGUCAGCGAGAUGAACUGGCAUGCAAGACUGACCGUCACCCACGGAGUGGCCACAGCCCUCUGGAUACUACACUCAAUGGGCGACUCGUAUGCGCACCUGUCAGAGGAGUCCAUAGGAGUUAGCUCCGCCGGAAGAGCGGAGCUGAUGGGGAUGGGAUUGUCUUCGCUGCACAGGGGCACGCAGCACAGCGACCAACUACGAGACCUGGAUCAGUUUGGACACGUCCUCGACUUCGUUUUAGCGGCGCGCGGAACGGACUGGCCGCAAGAGGUGGCAGAGCUUUUGAGGGACCUGGCGUCUCAGUGCCGUGCGUCAAGUGCUCCAGGUCUUCUGCAAGACAUGGUGACAAAGCUGGCACACGUUUUGAUCGAGUAUGCUCCAGCGCAGCCGGAGCAACAAGCGAGGCAGACGCAGCGACGGUGGGCCCUGCUGCGAAAUCUUUUCAGAGCCUGUUGGGCUUUCCGGGGCUCUCUGGAGGCACUGUGCUGCGUGUGCCUGGAGCCUUCAGAGAAAGGCAAAGGGCUACUCUGCCCGAGGAAUCACAAGAAUCCCCUGCUUUGUCUGGAUUGCCUCGAGCCCUAUGUAUGCAGCCUGAUUGGUACAUCGGAGCUUCGACGCCAGGGAGGAGGCAUCAGCUGCCCUGCCUGCAUGGUGACCGGUGAACCGUAUGUGUUCGCACAGAUGCAGGUUCAGCAGAAACUCGGCGGGACGACAUUGCGUCGGUUCAUCGAAGCCACGGACCCACAGCCUUUGGAAGCUUUACAGGAAGACGACGACCUUGAAGCGGAAAUGCAAGUGCUGGUACAGGACAUGGAGGGAAGGUCGGUCCGUAUUGUGAGCCAUUACCGAGCCUCUGAGCACGAUGAGCCUCGAGAAGCUCACAGCGUCAAGGACGUGCUGCCCUUCACAUGGCUACAAUGUGGGGAUGGGGAGAUGUUUUUUCAGUACGACCCGACGCAGAUGACCCUAAGGCAGCACCUCAGCCCAAGGCUUUUCGCCAUGGAGGUCGCAAGCUGCCUGAACCUGGAAUGCCCGAAUCCUGAGUGCAGAGCACUCUUGGAUCCAGAUCCAGAUGGCUGCGUCGCCAUGAGCUGCCUCGCCUGCGAGGAAGGAUUCUGCUGGGUCUGCUUUGAGCGUUGCGGUUUCGGUGGCGAUGCACAUCCGCAUGUCAUGGAGAUUCACGGCGACUACUUUCCCACCAAACCAUUCACCCAGGCCUGGCAUCGGAAGCAUCGCUGGAGGCGUGUUCACAGGAUCCUCCGUGACUUGCUGGAGGAGACGCAAGAGGAUGCCCUGCAGAGCAGCGCGCAGCUGCUUAAAGACGUGGAGCUCUGGCCCUUUCCGUGCACCGAGCCUGAUCCGCCGCAGCGGGAACGGGAGGAAGGGGCACCGGCUCCAGACGGCAAUGAGGCUUACUGGCCCUGGCCUGCAGCGGAGGCUGGCCUUCAUGCAGCAGCACGCUUCGGGCAAGUGGACUUGCUGCUGCAGGCUCUGGAAGCGGAAGAUGUCGACGUGAAUGCAAGAAAUGAUCGGGGCAUGACAGCCCUGUGCUUCGCAGCGCACGAGGGACGGGCCGAGGCCAUUCGGCUGUUGAUGGGGAGGGCAGCGGAUCCCAACAUCGCAGACGAGCACGGCGUGACACCUCUGCACUAUGCUUGCAGAGAGCCUCCGUUCCACAUCGAGGACGACAUCGCAGGUCUUCUUCUGAGCUACGAGAACGUGGAUGCGAACCAGCGGGAUCUGUCCGGUGCGACGGCCAUCAUGGUGGCAGCGGAAGUUGGUCGAGCAGAGGUCAUUCCUAGCUUGCUUCAGUGCGACCGUGUGGAGCCCAACGUUACCAACAUAGCUGGUAACUCGGCGCUGUUUCUGGCGAUCAUCUUCAAUCACCUCGAUGUCGUGUUGGCGCUCCUCGCAUCUCACAGGGUCGCGGUGGAUCUGCGGAGUCCGAAUGAGGAGACGGUGCUGCACCUGGCGGCGCGGCGGGGCAGCCGUGAAGUGACCCAGCGGUUGCUGGCCCACCCAGCAGUUGACGUCAAUGCCUUGUCUGCAACGAGCCGCAGUGCACUGAUGGAAGCUGCAAGUGCUGGGGCUGAUGAGGUGGUGGGCUGCAUCCUCGCGAAGGAAGGCAUCGUAACAGAUCUUCUUGACUCUCGUGGCUUCUCCAGCCUGAUGCUGGCUGCACAGAGUGGCUCUCCCGAGACGUUUGAGAAACUGCUGCCCGUGUCCGUGAGCGUGAUCAACGCUCGCAAUGACGAGGGCAAAACUGUGCUGAUGAUGCUGGCUGAGCGGGGUGCCCACUCGGAGAGCCCGGCACAUCUCUGCCUCUGCACCCUGCUGGAAUUCGCUUGCAGAAGUGACAGGAUCGCACUGGACAUCAAUGUGCAGUGCUGCAACGGCAGAACGGCUUUAAUGUGGGCCGUUGCCAGCGGCUGCCUUGCAAGCGUUGACUGCCUGAUGGCCUUGAAGCCGGACAUGGCCUGCCAGGAC